GAUAGAUGGGCUCGCGAGCGGCGCCGCGGCCCGUGACCACUCACAGCCCGCUACGUCACAGGGCUGGAAUGUGGUGACGACUGCUACUGGUGGUUUGCAGAAGGCCUGUUAGUGUGUGACAAACUCGGGAUCCACGAGAAAAUGAGACUGAAUGACAGAAGAGUGGCUACGUAAAAAGAAGUCGUGACAUGUCCGGCCCCACCUGGCUCCCGCCCAGGACCCUGGACCCCGCCGAGCAGACCGGCCCCCCGAUGUCCCACGUCACCGCAGCAGGGGGCGACAUCUACCGGCUCCCCAACAAGAAGGGCCCCCCCGGCCACCCGGCCCGGCCCAAGUACAACCUCUACGAGCAGAACGGGGACGGUGGAGGAGGAGGAGGAGGAGGUGGAGGAGGUGGUGGUGGAGUAGCCACCAGAUACAUGGCAACUGGGCCCACAGGGGGAGCUGCUCAUCAGUCAUCCAGUGACCACUACUACCCUCCUCCUCCCCCCCACGGCCCGAAAGAAGACCGCAGCUGGAGCCCCCACAUGGAUGGCUACGGGCCAGGGUAGGGGGCUGCGCGAUAAUGAAAGCUUCAGCC